GAAACACCUCCUCUGCGGAAGGUCGCUCAAACCGCACCUUCUCUCUCUCUGUUCCUCCUUAGGGUUCUAUCCCUCAUCGAAAGCUUCCUUUGGAAUGCGGAGACCUAGCAACCCAGCUACAGAACAGGAUCCCUUCUACAUGAGAAGCAAGCACACACGAUGGCUGAUCCCCGGGGCCCUGUAGACCAUGGAGUCCAAAUUCGCUUUAUUACAGAGCCAGAGGAUGCUACUGAGAUGGGCACCCUUCGCCGGGGUGGGAGGCGCCCUGCUAAGGAUGCGAGAGCCAGUACCUAUGGGGUCGCUGUGCGUGUGCAGGGCAUUGCUGGGCAGCCCUUUGUGGUGCUUAACAGUGGAGAGAAAGGAAGUGACUCCUUUGGGGUCCAAAUCAAGGGGACCAACAACCAGGGGUCCCCAGGAGCUCUGAGCUCUGAUUCAGAGCUCCCCGAGAAUCCCUACUCUCAAGUCAAGGGAUUUCCUGCCACUUCUCAAUGCAGCACAUCUGAUGAGGAGCCCAAGGACCCCUGGAAAGGAAGACUGCUCCGUUCCCAGUCACAAGCCUCUCUGGUAGGGCUUGCGUCUAUGGGUCCUAGCAAUAGGAGCACCAGCUUGCUGGAACUAGCCCCUCAAAAGACUCCCCGUGUUAACACCAUUGACACUGCCCCCUUGUCUUCAGUGGACUCACUCAUCAACAAGUUUGACAGUCAGAAGGGGGCCCCGGCCCGCGGUCGGACUGGCCGCCGCAUGCGGACACUUCCUCAUGAACAGCGCAAGCGGAGCCAGAGUCUGGACAGCAGGCUCUCACGGGACACCGGUGAAGAUCGGGAACGCCGGUCAAACAACCACUGGUCCUCUGGUACAAAGUAUGACCACUAUGUGGACAGUUCAAAGCAGCCAUCUAAGAGCCAGAGCCCUCUCAGCAGCUUUAGCCGUUCCCGUCAGACUCAAGACUGGGUGCUUCAGAGUUUUGAGGAGCCACGGGAGAAAGCACAGGAUUCUGCCAUGGUGCAGUUCAAAUCAACUCCAGACCUCCUCCGGGACCAGCAGGAGGCAGCACCACUAGGCAGUGUGGACCAUGUGAAGGCCACCAUCUAUGGCAUCCUAAGGGAGGGAAGCAUGGAAAGUGAAGCAUCCGUGAGGAGGAAAGUUAGUUUGGUGCUGGAGCAGAUUCAGCCUCUGGGGACCGUUUCUCCUGCUUCUACUAAGGCUCUGGCAGGGCAAGGUGAGCUUACCCGAAAGGUGGAGGAGCUGCAGAGACAGCUGGACGAAGAGGCAAAGAAGCGGCAGAAGCCAGAACCAUCCAGGGUUGGGCUAGAGAGGCAGCUGGAGGAGAAGGCAGAAGAGUGCACCCGACUGCAGGAGCUGCUGGAGAGGAGGAAGGGGGAGGCCCAGCAGAGCGCCAAGGAGCUUCAGAACAUGAAGCUCCUCCUGAGCCAGGAAGAAGGACAUCGGCAGGGGCUGGAGACCCAAGUGAAGGAGCUGCAGAUCAAGCUGAAACAGGGCCAGAAUCCUGAGCCUGCAAAAGAGAUUCUUCUAAAGGACUUGCUAGAGACCCGGGAACUCCUGGAAGAGGUCUUAGAGGGAAAACAACGAGUAGAGGAGCAGCUGAGGCAGAGGGAACGGGAGCUGACAGCCCUGAAGGGGGCCCUGAAAGAGGAGGUGGCCUCCCAUGACCAGGAGGUGGAGCACGUCCGGCUGCAAUACCAGCGAGACACAGAGCAGCUUCGCCGGAGCAUGCAAGAUGCGACCCAGGACCACGCUGCAGUGGAAGCUGAGAGGCAGAAGAUGUCUUCCCUGGUGCGGGAGCUGCAAAGGGAGCUAGAGGAGACGUCAGAGGAGACAGGGCAUUGGCAGAGCAUGUUCCAGAAAAACAAGGAGGAGCUGAGAGCCGCCAAGCAGGAAGUGCUGCAGCUGCGGAUGGAGAAGGAGGAGAUGGAAGAGGAACUUAUGGAGAAGAUGGAGGUCUUACAGAGGGACUUGGAGCUGGCCCGAGCCGGUACAAGAGACACUCAGCAGGUGGAGGAGCUCAGAAAGGAGCUGCGACGCACCCAGGGGGAGCUUAAAGAGCUGCGGGCAGAGCGGCAGGGCCAGAAGGUGGCCGGACAGCAGUGGGACCAGGAGGUAGAGAAGCAGCUGGCGGUGCUGAGGGCUGAGGCUGAUCGAGGCCGAGAGCUGGAACAGCAGAACCUCCAGCUGCAGAAGACUGUGCAGCAACUGCGGCAGGAGUGUGAAGAGGCUUCCAAGGCUAAGCUGGCAUCAGAGGCAGAGGCCAUGGUGCUGGGGCAGCGUCGGACAACAGUGGAGACCACGCUUCGGGAGACCCAGGAGGAGAAUGAUGAAUUCCGCAGGCGCAUCCUGGGUCUGGAGCAGCAGUUGAAGGAGGCCCGAGGCCUUGCGGAGGGAGGGGAAGCAGUGGAGGUUCGACUUCGGGACAAAGUGCGUCGGCUGGAGAUAGAGAAACAGCAGCUACAGGAGGCUCUGAAUGCUGCCCAGGAGGAGGAGGGGAGCCUGGCAGCAGCCAAGCGGGCUCUGGAGGUCCGGCUGGAUGAAGCCCAGCGGGGGCUGGCACGCCUUGGGCAGGGACAGCAAGCACUGAGCCGGGCCCUAGAGGAAGAGGGGAAGCAGCGGGAGGCUCUCCGAAGGAGCAAGGCCGAGCUGGAGGAGCAGAAGUGUUUGCUGGACAGAACUGUGGACCGACUCAACAAAGAGCUGGAGCAGAUUGGGGAUGACUCCAAGCUAGCCCUGCAGCAACUCCAGUCCCAGAUGGAAGAUUACAAGGAAAAGGCCCGGAAGGAAGUAGCUGAUGCCCAGCGUCAGGCCAAGGAUUGGGCCAGUGAGGCCGAAAAGAACUCAGGGGGGCUGAGCCGGCUUCAGGAUGAGCUGCAAAGGUUGCGGCAGGCUCUGCAGACAUCUCAGGCUGAGCGGGACACAGCACGGCUGGACAAAGAGCUGCUGGCCCAGCGGCUGCAGGGGCUAGAGCAAGAGGCUGAGAACAAGAAACGCUCCCAGGACGACAAGGCUCGACAGCUGAAGAGCCUUGAGGAGAAGGUGGCACGACUGGAAGCAGAGUUAGACGAAGAGAAGAACACGGUGGAACUGUUAACAGAUCGCGUGAACCGUGGCCGUGACCAGGUGGAUCAGCUGAGGACAGAGCUCAUGCAGGAGAGGUCUGCUCGACAGGACUUGGAGUGUGACAAAAUCUCCCUGGAGAGACAGAACAAGGAUUUGAAGACCCGGCUGGCCAGCUCAGAAGGCUUCCAGAAGCCCAGUGCCAGCCUCUCCCAGCUUGAGUCCCAGAAUCAACUAUUGCAAGAGCGUCUGCAAGCUGAAGAGAGAGAGAAGACAGUUCUGCAGUCCACCAAUCGGAAACUGGAGCGGAGGGUUAAGGAGCUCUCUAUCCAGAUUGAUGAUGAACGGCAGCAUGUCAAUGACCAGAAAGACCAGCUAACCCUGAGGGUGAAGGCUUUGAAGCGGCAGGUGGAUGAAGCAGAAGAGGAAAUUGAGCGGCUGGACAGCCUACGGAAGAAGGCUCAGCGGGAACUGGAGGAACAGCAUGAGGUCAAUGAACAGCUCCAGGCCCGGAUCAAAGCCUUGGAAAAGGAUGCCUGGCGAAAAGCUUCCCGCUCAGCUGCUGAGUCAGCCCUCAAACAUGAGGGGCUGAGCUCUGAUGAGGAAUUUGACAGCGUCUAUGACCCUUCAUCCAUUGCAUCACUGCUUACUGAGAGCAACCUGCAGACCAGCUCCUGUUAGCUCAUGCUCUACUAAGGACCACAAACGGGCUUGUGGUCAAGCCUCGCAGCCAUCAUCCAUCCAUUCUCUGCUUUGCUCUGUCCUGCCUGCCUCAGAGUCUUGUUGUUUUUAUUUUUUUGUUGUUUGUUUGUUUUUUGUCUUGUUUUGUUUUUUCCUCUAAGGGUGAUUCAGUUCAGACUUAAGACUGAAGUCAGGGAGGAGUCAGGGUGAUGGUAAUCAACAAAUAUAUUAGCAAUGAGCUGCUAGGUGGGCUUGUCCUUUUCACUUGAAGAGUGGGUAUUUAGGCCUGCUGAGCCCUUCCUAGGGUUCUGACCUCUCCAUCAUCUCCCCUGCAGAGUGGGCCUAAUGGUCCACAUAUAUACUAGGUGGGUCUUUGAAGAACAGGAAGGGAUGGAUGUUGCCAUGUAUGUAAAGCUUUAUUUCUUUAAUAUUUAACCAUAUGGCUCAGGAAAAUACCCAAUGUUGUUCUGCUCCUUGAAUCCCUACAACUUUUGUCCCUCCCCCUCUGGAGCAGGGGAGGGAGGAUUAUGGGUAAAGGGCAUGGGGGUGUGGCUCUACCCACUCUCAGACCCUUCUUUUUGCACAGGCGUAGGUCCAUGUGGUAGUCCCUAGCAUCUCUUCAGUCACACUGCUUUUUGUUUUCUUCAAGUCACUGGGUCCAGGGGACCGUUCGACUUUCUUUUCCAUCUUUACCAUCCCUGCCUUGCUGCUUUACUCUCAGUGCCUUACCAGUGUGAGAGAUGAGGAUGCUGUUCUUGCCUUCCAUAAACCUGCACAUUCAUACCUCUCCAAAGACCAGCCUUUCCUCAUUGGAGGCUCUCAGCCUGUCUUCCUUCCCCAGUGACUAGGCAAGAGAGCUACAGGCUGCUCUGCCAACCAGCCUCCAGGAGAAGGACUUCUAUAGGGUGGUGGGGACUGGCUCUGCUCAGGGUUUCCAUCUUCUCGCCCUCUGUGACUCUGGAUGCUGCCAUAGGUGGUUGUACCUGGGAACCAUGGCGGCAUUUUAUACAGGCUCUAAAAGCAAACAUCUAGUCCCAGUGGCCUCCUUGUGGCUUCUCAGACCAGAUGUACCCAGCCUCUGUAUAGAUCCUUGCUUUUCUCAGGAAGUGGGUCCUGAUUCAGAGCUUUUCCAUGAAGUUAGAAGCUGAAUCUCAGAGAUGGGAAGGGGUAACGGAGAAUAUAUUCCUCCUUUGAGUUUUGGGGCGUGCCAGGUUCUGGUGGGUGAAGGUAAUGGGGAUGGUUCACCUCUUAUUUCCAAAGUAAGUUCUGUUCUCAUUAAUGAUGUGUAAUUUCAUGAUUAAAAAAAGAUAUUCUGAAAAUCAGAUAUUUUCUUCCAAUCCAACCUCAGUUUAUUUUAAAUUAAAUAUUAAAAUGACAUAUCUAUAUUGAA